UUUUUUUCAAAUCAUUAUCACAAUAUUCACAAACACACACAUUUUUCACUUUUCUCAACGAAAUGUUUAAAAUAGUGCAUUAUUUCACUUGAUACAGGUUAAUAUAUAGAAAAUUAAAGCCCUCAGCCACUCUGCCAGUUUACACUGUUAGGUGCACCAACAAAUAAAUUUGAAAUUUUAUUGAAGUUUUAAAUUAUUGGGAGCAAGCUUUCUUGCUACCGAAAUGGCACCCAAAAAACGUCGAAUAACUGCUGAGCCAGACAAAGCUUCUUCUAAAAGUGCAGAUUUGAUCCAAGACGACGUUCAUUUAAAACUAAGUAAUGAAAUUGCAGCCAAGAAACAGAGGAAAAAUAAUGCAAAGUUCCGUUUAAAAGGAACCACUGGUAACUUGGCUUCAGUUACUACUCCUCAACCUGAAAGGAUACCCCUUAUGCUUACUGAUGUUCAGCAUUUACUACUGCAUUCCUUACUGGGGAAUCUCAACUUAUCACAGCCACCUCGCUGGUAUGUACUUGAAAAAUGCACAAACAUUGCCCAAACUACAUGUCUCGUGCUUGAAGGUAUGUCUAUUGAACAUUGGGAGAAGUACAAAAAUGAAUUCCCAUGUGCAGAUAAGAUAUUCAGUGAUCUUGUUGAAGUGGUAACUCCAUCGGCAUAUGAGGGAUCUCUUGUAGAUGAGUUGGCCCUGGUUCCACUUUCGGAGACAGAGAAGGAAGACCUAAUUCUAAAGUAUGGAAGUUUAAAUCUAGCCCUUGAAGCUAGAAAAGAUUUGAAUUCAAUGAUGAGGGCAGUAUUUCCCAUUGAAGAGGCAAAAGUAGUUGAUACACGGGAAUUAAAAGAUCAGUUUCCAAGAACCCAACUGAUCAUGUCUGCUUGGCAGCUAGCCGAGGAGAGCUACCCAUUGCCACUGAAAGGGAAGCUUAAGAAAGCAUAUGCAGACUAUGUGAUGACUAAAGAUGUGUACCAGCCGGCCACUGCCAACUCUCCUAUGUUUGGUUUGGAUUGUGAAAUGUGUAUGACAAAUGCCGGGUCAGAACUAACCCGUGUAUCAAUAGUCAAUGAGAAACAUGAAACUGUCUAUGAGUCAUUAGUAAAGCCCUAUAAUAACAUAACUGAUUAUUUAACUAGAUACUCAGGUAUCAACAAAGCCAUGCUAACUAAUGUUAGCAAAAGGUUAGAAGAUGUCCAGAAUGAUUUAAGGGCUCUAUUUCCACCAGAUGCUAUCCUAAUUGGGCAGUCUUUAAAUGUGGAUUUGCAUGCUCUCAAAAUGAUGCACCCAUAUGUAAUAGAUACAAGUUUAAUUUUCAACUUUACUGGUGAAAGAUCUCGUAAACCAAAGCUUAAGGCUUUAUCUAAAGAAUUGCUACAUGAGGAUAUUCAAUCAGGAAGAGGUGGGCAUGACUCUGUUGAGGACUCACUCGCAGCUUUGAAACUAGUUCAACUCAAGUUAAGUAAAACUUUAGAAUUUGGCGAUGCUGUGCACACCAACAGACAGAAGUACAAGGAGAAUGUCACCAAAAUGAUAAAAACCCCAGAUUAUGCCUUGUCAAUAUUCAAUCAUAUGAUAGAACAGAAAAAGUCUUCAAUAAUCAUUGGAUGUGAUGAUAUUACAGGUGAAUAUCACUCAUACUUAACAAAGACCAGGGAAAGUCUGUAUCUUCAGUUGAAGAAGCCUAAAAUAAAGAAAGUGAAACUGUCCACUCUUGAUGAAAGAGAAGAUGUGAUAGAUGCUCUGUGUAAAGCUAAUAAGGAAUAUAACUUUUCUAUGGCCCAUUUGAAACUUGAAAUACAGGAAGAGAAUUUACCAGCUGAACUACAGAAGGUAGAUAAAUGGAUAGAAACAGUUUGGAACAGUGUUCGCAUGUCAACCCUUGUUGUUGUCCUGUUCGGUGGAACCACUAGUUGUAAUGGUUUAGCUAUGAUGAAAAUAAAGUCCUAGCAUGCAUGCUGUAAGUA